GUCAUACAACAAGCAGUAUUUGAAAUUGAUUAACCCACGCUGUCUGAGACCACUUCCACAGUCCACCCCCACCCAUCUCUCUGUUUCUUUGUAGUCUUCUCCCAUCAGUCAUUUGUUUGUAUAAAAGGCAGAGGACCUAUUUCCUAAGUUUUCAACAUAUUUAGUCUUCUGAGGGGUAAAACUUGCUGGUUUUCCUUUGCCAACAGCGACAUUAUCAAAGGACAGCGUUUCAGUUGAAGGAACGUUGAAGCUAAAAGCUCUAUAGUUCUUGCUGAUGAUGCUCCGAAUAUGGCUUAACGCGGUCCUGCUAAUAUGUGGUCUUUUCUGCAAUGCUACUGGGGCGUUCGUGGGUGUCAACAUUGGAACUGAUGUUUCUAACAUGCCAUCGGCUCCUGAUAUAGUUGCGAUUCUCAGAGCUCAUCAAAUAACUCAUGUGCGUCUCUAUGACGCGGACGCGCACAUGCUGAACGCUCUUGCAAACACCGGCAUCGAAGUCAUGGUCAGUGUUACAAAUAAGGAGGUCCUAGGAAUCGGAGAACUGGCUUCAACAGCAGCAGCUUGGGUUAAUAAAAACGUCGCCGCUUAUGCUCCUUCAACCAAUAUUACCGCAAUUUCUGUGGGAAGCGAAGUCCUCACUACUCUCCCACAUGCCGCGCCUAUUUUAGUCUCUGCUAUGAGCAACCUGCACAAAGCCCUGGUUGCUUCAAAUCUCAACUACCAAGUUAAAGUGUCGACGCCUAAUUCAAUGGACGUCAUUUCUCGGUCUUUCCCUCCUUCCACGGCCACGUUCAACACAGAGUUGAACUCUACCAUGAUUCAGAUCCUUCAGUUCUUGAGGAACACAAAGUCCUUUUACAUGCUGAAUGCUUAUCCUUAUUACGAAUAUGUAAAGAGCAAUGGCAUUUUCCCUCUCGACUACGCGCUUUUCAAGCCACUCUCGCCCGUUAAACAGAUUGUCGACCCAAACACCUUGUUUCACUACAACAGCAUGUUUGAUGCAUUGAUCGAUGCCACUUACAACUCCAUAGCCGACCUCAACUUCUCGGGUAUCCCUGUCGUUGUAACGGAAACUGGAUGGCCGUGGUUCGGUGGUAGCCACGAGCCUGAUGCAACUUCAGGAAAUGCUGAGGUGUAUAUCAAUAAUUUGAUAAGGCGCGUGUCGAAUGAUUCUGGUCCACCUAGCCAGCCUGCGGUCCCUAUCAACACGUACAUCUACGAACUUUUCAACGAAGACAAGAGGCCUGGGCCAAUUUCUGAGAAAAAUUGGGGGAUAGUUUUCACUAAUGGCACUUCUGUGUACGACCUUGGUUUGGCUGAUGCAGAGAUCAGUACCGGUGCAAAUUCUUCACGCUCGUUUUGUAUUGCUCGACCAAGUGCAGAUGAGAAGUCGCUGCAAGACGGACUUAAUUGGGCUUGCGGGCAUGGCCAGGCUAACUGUGCAGCGGUUCAGAAAGGGCAGCCUUGCUAUAGCCCGGAUACGUUGCAAAACCAUGCUUCUUAUGCGUAUAAUGACUACUAUCAGAAGAUGCGCGGUUCUGGUGGAACUUGUGAUUUUGGUGGCACAGCUACAACAACUACAGUCGAUCCUAGCUAUGGAUCUUGUAGGUUUACAGGAAGUUCGAACUCGACCCUGGGAGGGUUGCUUCCAUCUUCAGCACUAGGACCGGUCGGCCAGUCUUCGGAUAGCACAAGGACCGCGGUGGGCCUUCAUUUUGGCACUAUGGUUGCAGCAGCAGCUGUCUGUUUGGUCAUAUGAAUUUGAGAAGCUUUUUUGUAGCAUAGGGGUUUACAUGUCUCGUGUUUCCACUUAUUUUGAAGCAAUUCUCACACUCAUUCCAUCCAUAUUUUGCUCAAAUGGUGUUUAUGUUGUGUUGAUUUUAGCAAAUCAACAAUUGUAUCUUUGCAUAUUUAAACUUGUUACUAAUUGGAGUGUGAUACGUUACUGGGCAUUGCUUUCCAUAUUGUCGUCA